AAUAAGUUCUCUGAGGGGCUCAUUCAAAAAUAAUUUAGAGCUGUAUCACGGCAGUUCCCGCAUUUACCGCAACGUCAGCCUUCCUGGCCUCAGCCUUGCUUCGUGGGACAUGCCAGGUUCCCAUCUACGAGACUCAAUCAACGACCAACAGAAUCGAAUCUUGGGGGCUCGUAGCCCACUCAAAACUGGAGGAUGAUGUCGUCUAUUAAUGAAGAGGACCCAUUCCUCCAAGUUCAGGCAGAUGUCCUUUCCCAACUAAACACCACCCGACCCCUCUUCGCCUCCUAUCUCCGCAUCCGCUCUCUUUCUCCAAAUCCCAGCAGCCCGGAGGUAACAUCUGCGCGCGCGGAUCUCGAGUCUUCCCUCUCAACUCUAGCCGAAGACCUUGCCGACCUCGUCUCCUCCGUCAAGGCAGUCGAGACCGACCCCCACAGAUAUGGGCUCCAAAUCGAGGAGGUGGUGCGGCGCAAGCAUCUCGUCGACGAAGUCGGCAAUGAAGUCGAAGAUAUGCGCGAAGAGCUGUUAAAACACCUGUCUCAGUCGAAGUCGCGCAAUAAGUCUCUGCCACCCGGCGUGGAUGAGGAGCAGGCGGUUAGAGACGAUAUGUACGAGGCGUUCGAACAGCAGGAACAGCAGCGCAUUAUGAAUGAUCAGGAUCAACAGCUUGAUGGCGUGUUCCGUACCGUGGGCAAUCUGAGGCAGCAGGCUGAUGAAAUGGGCCGUGAGCUCGAGGAGCAAGCCGAGAUACUGGAACAUGUCGAUUCGGCGGCGGAUCGGGUUGGGGGCAAGCUCCAGACAGGGCUUCAGAAGGUGGGAUGGGUUAUGAGGAACAAUGAGGAAACGAUGAGCAGUUGCUGUAUUGGGGUGCUUAUAGUGGUACUUAUAAUUUUGUUGGUCCUUCUCUUGGUGCUGUAGUCGGACACUGUACACUGGGGGAGUUGGCGUUGGAUUGAAGAUGUAUACAUACUACGGAAUCAGAACAUUGU